AUGGCUUUCACAAGCUCUGCGAAGCCCAAGAGCGAUGCGCCCAAGCUCAAGGGCUUUAGGGACGGCGCGUUUGCUUCUCUAGGGAGCCUCAUCAAGCUCCUCCCGACGGGGACGGUCUUCACGUUCCAGUUCCUCAAACCCCUGCUGACCAACAAUGGCCACUCGUGCGCUUCUCGUGCGCUUUCUCUUGCUUCAUCGACAGCUGCACCAGCUCCAACGGCCUGGUCCGUUGCGGCAUCGCCAUGCCUAAAGGGCUGUGGUCCUCGCCGGCUUCUGAAUUGGUCGACUUGUCCGAGUACAAGCUCCGGGCUGGCGUUGCUGUCGACCAUAGUUUUCGCAGUGACAGCGCUGCUGGACCCGAACACUGUGGAGUGCUUGUACUCGUCGUCGUACAAGAAGGACCAUAAGGUGUUGCUCAAGGCUGUGCCUGUGGUGAUCGGCGCCAUUUCUAGCGCCGGUUUCGCGGGAUUCCCUAGCAAGAGGCAUGGGAUCGGGCGUCCUUUUUCUAGUGACGAGUCCGAUGAUCGAAGUGCUUCCAAGGAGGUGGAAUGA